AAAGGGUUUAGAUGGCUACUUGCUCCAAUGGAGAUGCGGUAGCUUCGACUGAUGAAGAACAUCUAUUGGCUCCAUUUGAUUACAUCACUUCUAUGCCGGGAAAACAGAUCAGAGGUAAACUAGCCAUGGCUUUUAAUGUUUGGCUGAAAAUUGGAGAUGACAAAUUAUCUACAAUCAUGGAAAUUGUGCAGAUGCUGCAUAAUGCUUCGCUGAUGAUCGAUGACAUUGAGGAUAACUCAGUAUUGCGACGCGGUUUACCAGUCACGCAUCAUAUAUUUGGCACACCAAGAACGAUAAAUACAGCAAAUUAUGUAUACUUUAUAGCGCUGGAAAAAUGCGCGCGUUUAUCGCCUAAGGCUGUUGCAAUCUUCGCAGAACAGAUGCUAGAGCUACAUAGAGGGCAGGGUAAAGAGUUAUUCUGGAGAGAUACUGUGACAUGUCCCACCGAAGCAGAAUACGAGGAGAUGGUCGUCCAGAAGACUGGGGGACUCUUCUUUUUGGCCGUGAAAUUGAUAGAGCUAUUUAGCGAGGAAGACUAUGACUUUUCUACGCUACUCAGGUUGAUGGCGCUUUUUUUCCAGAUCAGAGAUGACUACCUCAAUCUGCUCUCCGAUGAUAUGGCCAAACAAAAAUCUUUUGCUGAAGAUCUGACAGAGGGAAAGUUCUCGUUUCCUAUAAUACAUGCUAUUCGAAGUUCACCAGUGUCGGAUAAUGAUGACCCCGUACUGAAUAUUUUACGCCAACGAACAGAGGACGUGGAAGUCAAGAAGUACUGCAUCAGCGUCAUGAAAGAACGAAAUUCUUUUGAGCACACUCUAAACAGACUUCGGAAAAUCAGUGAACAAAUACGUGCAGAAAUUAGAGCGCUAGGUGGAAACAAGAAAUUAGACGAAGUUAUGGAUCUCCUUGAACAUGGCAUAAUCAGCUGAUUGUAUGGGUUCUUUGUAAUUUACGGUGUAACAUAAUGUUAUUUAUUUCAUUUGCUUGUACCUGUCUAAAUCCUCUUAGUCUUGACCUUUCGUGAUCUUCCAGUGUUGUUGUGAUAACUAUUUUAAAUUCAUCUCGUGUGCUUGCUUUAUCAGUAUCUAUAUUCACAGAUAAAUUCUUGC